AAAUCGUUGCUGUUGUUGCUACUUUUUUGGUUGUGAUUUAAAUAUUUUUGUUUUCUAAUUUGGAUAAAUCUACAAUUUUUUUAAAAAAUAAAAUAAGUUUAAAUAUUUAAAAAAAUGGAAAACGUUGAAGUUAAAUAUACUCAGAUUUUCAUCAAUAAUGAAUGGCAUGAUUCAUUAGAUGGAAAAACAUUCGAAACAAUUAAUCCAUUUAAUGAGAAAAAAAUAGCCGAUAUUCAAGCGGGUAAUAAAGCUGAUGUUGAUCGUGCUGUUUCCGCUGCUGUUGAUGCAUUUCGUUUGGAUUCCAAAUGGCGACAAAUGGAUGCAUCACAACGUGGUGAAUUAUUAUAUCGUUUGGCCGAUCUUAUUCAAAGAGAUCAAGAUUAUAUUGCUAGCCUUGAAAGUUUGGAUAAUGGUAAACCAAAAAUGUUAGCAUUAAUGGAUGUUGAUAUGUCAAUCAAAACUAUUCGUUAUUAUGCCGGUUAUGCGGAUAAAAUUCAUGGUAAAACAAUUCCAGCAGAUGGCAAGCUAUUCGCUUAUACACGAAUUGAACCUGUUGGUGUUUGUGGUCAAAUUAUACCAUGGAAUUUUCCAUUUUUAAUGGCUUGCUGGAAAUUUGGACCAGCAUUAUGUGCCGGUAAUACGGUCGUUUUGAAACCAGCCGAACAAACACCGUUGAGCGCACUUUAUUUGGCCAGUUUGACUAAAGAAGUUGGAUUUCCUCCCGGUGUUAUUAAUGUUGUACCUGGUUUUGGUGAAACUGCCGGUGCAGCUUUAGUUGAUCAUCCAAAAGUUGAUAAAAUUGCCUUCACUGGUUCGACUGAAAUCGGUAAAUUAAUCAUGCGAAAUGGUUCACAUUCAAUGAAACGUAUAACAUUGGAAUUGGGCGGUAAAUCACCGUUAGUUGUUACCGGAAAUGUUGAAGAUAUUGCUAAAGCAGCUCGUACAGCACAGGAUUCAUGUUUUCUAAAUAUGGGUCAAUGUUGUUGUGCUGGUACUCGAACAUUUGUUCAUGAAUCAAUAUACGAUGAAUUUGUUAAACAUUCGGCCGAAUAUUGUCAAUCAUAUGUAUUGGGUAAUCCAUUUGAACCGACAACUCAAUUCGGUCCACAAGUGGAUGAAACACAAAUGAAUCGAAUACUUGAAAUGAUUGAAUCGGGUAAACAAGAUGGUGCUCGUUGUGUUGCCGGUGGUAAUCGUCCAGAUAGACGUGGAUAUUUUAUUCAACCUACCGUUUUUGCUGAUGUUACCGAUGGAAUGCGUAUUGCACGUGAAGAAAUUUUCGGUCCAGUACAACAGAUUUUAAAAUAUAAAACUUUGGAUGAAGUUAUUGAACGUUGUAAUGAUACUAAUUACGGUCUAGGAUCUGGUAUACUUACCAAUGAUAUUAAUGAAGCUAUGAAAUUUUCUCGUAGUAUUCGUGCCGGUUCAGUUUGGAUUAAUACACCGUACAUGUUACCGGUUUCAGCUCAAACACCAUUCGGUGGUUUUAAAGAAAGUGGAAUUGGUCGUGAACUUGGUGAAGAUGGUCUUCGUGGUUAUGGUGAAAUUAAAACAGUUGUCAUUAUGGAUUGUGAUAAAAAAGUAUAAGAAUUUUGUUUUUGUUUUUGAUUAUCUUUCCAAAGAAUAAUGAUCGUGUGUUGUUAACACAUGUCCACA